AUGGCGACCUCGCUUGCUGCGCAGCUGGCGCAGGUUGCCGCAAACUCGAAAUCGAGUUUGGAUAUCAAAGCGCAAAGGGCUUCCCACUCGAAAUCUCUGAUCUGGGAACCCCGAGUCGCAGCGGCUCAGAGCUAUCAGACUCUGUAUGCGACAUGCCACCAGGGCUUUGAAGAGCUUUGCCAGCUCGAUGGCCGAUUCGCCGUCUUUGAAGCAACCAUUUUCAGCGAACAGAGCCAGAAUCAGGACCGAAAUCAGCUCACAAUUGCGGAAAAUGAGGAGCUCAACCGACACAUCGAGGCGUUCCUGAGACUUGUGGGAAGCCGUUUGAGGUUGAUGCCUGCGAUCAAGGCUGUGGAGUGGCUGAUCAGACGAUUCUCCAUUCAUGUAGAAAAUACGUCAAUUCUGCUCAUGACCUUUAUACCAUAUCACUCCAUUACCGCAUUCGCGACACUCUUGUCAAUCCUACCAUCCAAGAUUCCAAGCGAAUUCCGAUUCCUCGAUCCGUAUAUCCGAUCUCUCACCUCUCCUCCUCGAUCAGUCUUCGUCCACCAGGCCGUCCAUCACGUCGAUUUCCUUACUGCCGUUUCCGAAUACACCCUCGAGUCAUGCCGCAAAGGAUACCAGUACCCGGCUCUCAUCACAUUCUGGGGCGGACUUAUAACCGAAGCCGUAAGCGGAAUUUUAGACCGCACCAAGUCUGGUCGAGCUACGAUACAGAGCGACAACAGCCAAGCGCUAUUACAUAGACUGGGCCCCGUCUUCGCCGAAGCGCUCGUCAUGAAGAAGGUUCCCAGCCUUCAAAUCGCCUCCUACAUGGCCACAACUGUCUUCGUUUCCAAGGGCGAUCUACAUGACAAUGCCGUCACAGCGUUAAUGCAGCAGCUGGUUCAUGGCUGGACUAGCGAGACUGUUCGGCCAGGUCUUGUAUGCUUGACGAUAUUGGCCCAGUUCCGAUCCGCGAAGCAAAUGAGCAGCAAGGUCACCAAGGCUUUGAUGAAGGUUCAGGAUAUUGGCACCCUUCUUGUCGAAAUUGGCCGGGAGCGUCGCGUGGACAAGCUGGCAAACGGACUGUGCUUGGCUCUGGUUGAGAGACUAGUAAAGAAGGGCGACUCGCGCGGCCUUUCGACAAUUACCACGAUUUUGGGUAACCAGAUACUAAAGGAUAAGCAGAUUUCUGUCAUCUUCAAGUCUUUGCUCCUGACGGCUCACGAACUCAACGAUGAAAACGACAAAGAUGGCUCUCUUCGCCGUGAAGUGGGAUCUACCCUGAUUGCUCUAUCACACACUACCGGAUCAGCUGGCGAUAUCAUUCAAUCCGUCAUUGAAGAGGUCAAAUUCGACAUUGAAGAGCUGGAAAUGAAGCUGGACCUGGUAUUCCGUACACGGAAGCUUCCCGAAUACGCAAAAGACGGCAACGAGGCUGAGGAUGCUGCUCAAGCUCAACAGGCACAGAACCCUGAAGCAGGCCUUGAAGAGUUGGCUGGCAGCUCCUCAUCUCUCUCCUCAUCUCUUCUACCAGAAGACGGCGAAAUCUUUGGCAGCCUCAGCGACGUCUUCGUCUCCAUUGUUUCCGACCAAACUGGGCGAAAGCAGGAGCUUCUUCAGCAGCUUGACCAAUUCUCCAAGCUCAAGCGAGAGUCUGCGUUUAAAGACUGUACAUAUUUCAGCUUCUUCAUUCGGAUUUGGUGCGGUCUGUAUCCAGCACUGGCCCGAGCUGCAGCACUGGAUAUGGCCAAGGACAGACUCAAGGCCGCAAGCGUGUCCGAGGUGGAUAUUCAGGCUCUUAUUCCCUACUGCGUUGUUGCUCUCGGCGAUCCUUCCAAGCGGGUGCGUCAGGCAGCGGCAGAUCUAAUCACAGUAGCCGCUGGACUUUACGCGCCUCCCUUUGCCAAGUCAGCAAAGGCAUGGGGAGCUGAUUCUCUGUAUGGAAAGUCAAAGUCCAAGGACGUUGCUGCUCUAAGCAUAGAUGUUGCUUGCAAAUUCCUCCACCUUCAGCUUUUGCCGGCGGUCGAGGAGUGUGUCAUGGAUGCGGAUCACAUUUCUGCCAUUCUCAAGUCAGCCAUCGAGAGCGGAAAAUACCAAAUCGCCCCCGACCCGUCUUUGGACAAGAAGGACCAUCUAUCUCAGUCUGGUAGAUCAGCGCUGUUGACGUUCUUUGCUUCUCACAUUGUCUCAACUCCCUUGACGCUUGUGAAGAGUAGACUGCUCAAGUCACUAAACGAAAUCCGCGGCGUGUCUACCGUGACGCGAACACCACUUCUCUUGCCAGCUCUGCAGUCUUGGGCUGAUUUGACGGAAGCCGAGGCCACAGAGAUCUGCACCUCACAGCAGCUGGAUAAGACUGUUUUGGACUCUCAGUUCAUUGACAUCAUUGUUCCCAACGAUGCCACUGGACUUGAGUUUGUGUUCAAGCUACUAAAGGAUGCGGAUUCUACCAAUGGUGAAAGACCAGGCCUCAUUCGGGCAGCUUUCUCUCGGGUCAAGAAGAUGUGGACCUUGAUGAAGGCCGAAAUGAAGUUCAUGGUGGCAGAGCAAUUCCUAGAACUCUCACAAGAUCCAGAGGCUACCGCCGGUAACUCUGAAUCCAUCAUCCCGGCCGAGGCUGCAGAUCUUCUAAGGUCUGUGCCCUUGACGACGGAUAUCCUAUCUUUCUUCCUGGACUCGAUUCAAACUGGCACCAAGAUGAUUACUGAGCCUCCUCCUAAUAAGCGAAGGAGAACCAGCGCUGCUGACGCCAAUCGGGGUCUGAACACUCAAAUUACCCCCGAGCUGAGUCGUGCGCUGCGCAAGGUUACCUUUGUUCUGCAAAUCGUCGAUAGCUCGGAUCCUGUGUCUCACCCCGAACUUUUGGACGGCCUGUUCACGGCAUUGUCCGAGCUUCAGCACUUCAGAACCGUUGUUGGCUCAGAACUGGGCUACCUACAGAAUUUGAUUUUGCGCAGUCUUCUGGCCAUGAUGCCAGCAUACAAGGCAAACAAGAACCUCAAGGUAGACAGCUCUGGAGGCUAUGGAGACCUGCUUGUUAGCUGCAUCCAGAAGUCAUCGAGCCCCGUCGUCCAGAAUGCGGCUUUGCUGUUAGUCGCAAACCUGGCAACAAUUGCGCCGCACCUGGUUCUACACAGCGUUAUGCCCAUCUUCACGUUUAUGGGCACAUCUGUGCUUCGUCAGAGCGACGACUAUUCCGCCCACGUGGUGGCGCAGACAAUCAAGGAAGUCGUGCCUCCGUUGAUCGAGUCACUACGGCAAGGCCAGAAGAGCCCCGUUGCCGGCGCUUCGGAUAUCCUCGUCAGCUUUACGACGGCGUACGAGCAUAUCCCAGUCCACCGACGACACGGCCUGUUCGUGGCGCUGGUUGAGACUAUGGGACCCAAGGAGUUCCUGUUUACGCUUGUAAGCAUGCUGGUCGAUCGAUAUGAGCUGAAUGACGAUUUGCUCCAAUUUGUUCUGGAUCUCCUCAACGAUUUCAGUGUCGAAAUUCAGCUGGAGACCUUGGUCAAGUUGCUUGACCUCACUUCAGAUCUUUUCAAGCCCAAGCCUACUCUGUCUCUUGUGCUACUUGGUAGCAGUGAUGAGGAGGAGGACAAGGAUGUUGAGAAGAUUGCUCUUCGCCAGCUUUCUGUGCUGCCAAGUCUUUUGGCAAACAGAAAGCUCAAGGCGCAGAUCAGCAAGCUUGUCGAUAGAGAUGACAUGGAGACAUCAGAAGUCCGCCAACUUUACGCAACUCUGCUUGAAGAUGUGCUUGUCCUGGCAGACACUGUCAAGUCGAACAAGAGCCUGCAUAGCCGAUGCGGAAACGCACUGGCCAACCUGCUCAAUCUACUUUCAAUUGGCGAGUUCAUCAAAGCCGUGGAAAGCCUGCUUGAUAGACCCAGCCUCGAUCUGCGGCAAAAGGUCCUUCGCGCUCUGGAGCUCCGUGUGGGUUCAGAGAGCAACACAGACGCAGCGUCAAGAACAGCCCUGCUUACUUUCCUGCCACAACUCACUGCCGCAAUCCGGGAGUCCAGCGAUAUCCGCUACAAGCACACAGCGGUUACUUGCGUCGACAAGAUUGCGGAGAAAUAUGGCAAGAAGGAUAUCGAGGCCGUGGUCGCGGCCGCAUCAACAAUUGCAGGUGAGCACUGCCUUGGCCAAGACGAGAAGCAGCUUCGUAUCAUGGCUCUGUUGUGCCUCACGUCUCUCGUCGACGUGUUGCAAGACGCAAUUGUGCCGGUACUUCCCAUUGCUAUUCCUCAGGCCAUUGUCUAUCUCAACCUGAGCCUACAAGAGGAUUCACAAGACUUGGAACUUCAUUCGGCUGGUUACGGGUUCAUUAGUGCUUUGGCUGAGCAUCUGCCCUUUAUGCUUUCCACUUAUGUCGGCCAAAUCCUGGAGGUUUCCAACAAGUCGGCAAAUGCUAACCUUGAUGCUGACUCCAACGAAGCUCGUGAGAGCUGUCUCGAAUUCCUUGCCAAGAAGCUUGAGGCCAAGGACAUGUUUACUAGCUUGGAUCUUAACUGGGAGAGUGCAAGAUCCAACGGUUUUUCGGCCAUGUCCGAAUACGUCAAGACGCUGGGAAUGGCCAUCGACAAGCAUUCCAAGUCUGCCAUUACUAAGAACGUCGGAGUCUUAUCCAGUAUCCUGCUAAAGGCCUUUGACCUGCGACGACUGAUUAUUGCUGAUGGCGAGACUGGCGACGCGACUUUGGCUCGUCUCACUCAGCUAGAGAAUUCGGUGAAUGAAAAGGUUCUGAAGAUGAUUUACAAGCUCAACGACGCCACCUUCCGGCCUGUGUUUGUGCAACUCAUUGAGUGGUCAAGCACAGGCCUCAAAGGGGACAGCGUUGGGCUGUCGAGCAGACGCUACAGUGUGUACGGAUUCCUGCAGUCAUUCUUUGAUAAUCUCAAGUCGAUCGUGACCAACUACGCCACGUACGUCUUGGAGGAUGCCGUUAAGAUUCUCAGCGCCGUCGACCCCAAGGCCAGCAGUGAGCGGCAGCUUUGGAACCGUGUGCUCAACACACUGGCCAAGUGCUUUGAGCAUGACCAGGAUGACUUUUGGCAGGCGCCAGCACACUUUGGAGCAAUUGCUCCUGUGCUGAUGGAGCAGUAUACCCACGCAGCGAUUGUCGACGUCAACGAAGCCCUGAUCCCUACCACAGUCGAGCUUGCGGCAGCGGCAGACUCUCAGGCGCACCAGAAGGAGCUGAACUCUGCGCUGCUCAAGCACCUCCGAUCAGAAAAGGCGGCGGUGCGACUGGCGGCUGUCAAAUGCGAGCAGGCGCUGACGGAUCGGUUGGGCGAGGAGUGGCUCGCGAUGCUUCACGAGAUGCUGCCUCGGAUUAGCGAGCUGCAGGAGGAUGAUGACGAGGUGGUUGAGAGAGAGACGCACAGAUGGAUUGUCAAGAUUGAGGGCGUGCUUGGCGAAAGCUUGGAUUCCAUGUUGCAGUAA